AUGCAGUGCCAACAUACCUCACCCCCGACAGACCGCUACCACACCUGCCCACACCCACACCACACCCCCUACUCGGAAGUCAACCUGCCCCCGAUCCUGUUCCGCAUGGACGCACCCAUCGGACAAGACCUCCCCAACCUCUCCGCUCUAGAAGAAAACGGCGAGGCAGCACUCGACCACGAAGGCAAAGAGAUCUGGGACUUCCCCUUCCUCCCGCGGUACAUCACCAGUAACCCGCCAGGCUGGCUGCUUGAGUACUGGAUGCGCACCGAUCCACGCCUCACGUACCGCGACAUCCGCGUCCGCAUGCCCGCGCCUCCGCGUCUCCGCCCCGCCGAAAACGCCCUCAACAUGCGUCGAGAGCGCGACGCCCGUCGUCCCCUCCGCCUAUCCUGCUGGACAUACCGUCGUGGCACCCCAGGCCGUCUCAACAAAAUCGAUGUCGAGCGCGUCGACCGCUGGUCCAUCGAUCAGAUCCGCUACAACACCACCAUGGAUGUUGUGUAUGCUGAUGGCGCGCCUGUACAUCUUGCUGAUCGUGCCCUGGCGGCGCAUACGCCUUCCACUUAUCCGCUAGAUUACUUUCUCAAUGAGGGGAGGGCGGAGAUCCCCAGUGAGCGGAUAAGGGUUGCGCAGAGCGUGUUCUUUAGGUUGUCUGAGCGCGCGAAACAGUUGGGCCUGGCUUCUUGGAGGCAGUUGCCUGAUAAUGAGUGGCCGGACACUUUCAGGUAUAAUGUCUCUCGAUGA